AUGUUUGCGCUUCGUGACGUCGAUUUCUUUCGCUUUAACAUCAAAAGUUUGCUUACAAAAAGCGACUUCAUUGUAAAAGGUGUAAAGUACAAAAAUUUUACGUACAGCUAUCACCCGUGCAGGUGGCUCAGAUUGAAUGGUGCCUGUAAUCGGUCAUCGAAAGCAGCCCUUUGUAAAUGGGUUCCCUAUCUGAGUGAUCUGAAUGAUUUCUCUAACGAAGCACUUGGAAAGGGAAAACCAGAGUGUUAUUUUAAUCCUUUACGUUUGGAGUACUCUCCAGAAGAACGUUUCGUGGGUCUUAAAACAACCGUUAGACUAUUCUGCAACAAAAACAGAACUAAGGGAAAGCUUAGAGUUAAAAAAGAAGAUGCUAAUUGGAUCUUUUCUUUGGGUCACAGAUGCGCAUGUAAGAAUGUUUGUGCCCUUAAUAAAGAGGAAAAAGUUCCAUCUACAACUCCAACUAGACCAUCGAACACGGAUAUGGAUGCUACUGUAGUGAUUGCUUGUGCUGGGACCGUUACUUUUCUUGCCCUCCUAUCUCAUUGCUUUAGAGGAAGAGGUAAUAACGACAACAAUGAACAACGGCCCCUGCUGAAUAACGGACUGGAUCGGCCAAGAAUUGAAGUAAUAAACAAUAUGAUAAAGUGACAGAACCUGGAGCGGCAGUAACAGUAAAUGCCUACAACCUUCUAGUGUGCAUACAUGCUUAUGUAAGUCGAGGAACAGCAAAUUUAAGUUUCUAUUAACAGUUAUGAAAUGAUUUGGCACUUUCUGCUCAUCUGAUGCAAUCUUGACACGAAGUACCCCGAUUGAUUAUCGUAAUCGAAGGAGUUCCAUAAGAUGAUUUUUUGUACUUUAAUCGAAAUCCUUAGGAGAGCUGAGCACAAGAAGUAAAUUUGCGGGGCUCUUUGCACAUGUUAAUGUGACUUAAGUAAACGAGUAUUUUUGCAGACUCAUAACCUGUAACAUUAAGAUGUCAAUGGACAAAAAAUAGCAAUUUUAUGUCGGCCAUAUUACACCUAUUUGGUUGAAUUGAAGGUGAAAAAUAAAAGAAGGUCAUUGCGGAUUACCAAACCAAUUCUAUAAGGGGAAGGAAGACGCUUUUUCCAAUUUAAUGCUUAUUCUUGUAGAUUACUAAGAAGUUACUGUAGCUACCAUUUAUGGAUAUCAUUUAUCUUAUCCUUGUAUUGGUCUGAGCAAAUUAAGGUUGUUUUUAAUAUUUGAUGCAUUUGUUACUUUAUCUAUCAAGGAACGCUGGUGUAAGCAAAGAUCACCCUGUGUAACAAUGAUAAUAAACGUGCAAGUUUUACGCUUUUUACUUCUUGUCAGGAUCUCAAUCUGUAGUCUUUACGCUUUAUUUGCGUAGCGGUAAUGCUCACACCUCUGUGAAGAGGAAAGUUUCUUAG